ACAUGCGCAGCUGGGUGGAUCUGUUUUGGGGUGUUGUGAAUUCGUGUAGCUAAGAAAUCUUGAGUGGGAGUUGUCGGACCGAUUUGUUGUGUGUUUUGUCCGUCGAUUGGGAUCGAUCUCCGACGCACCAGCCGCAGCCAUGCCCGGGAUAGAGAAGCUGCCGAUAGAGGAGACGCUGGAGGACAGUCCGCAGACCCGUUCUCUGCUGGGUGUGUUCGAGGAGGACACUGCAGCCAUCUCCAACUACUGUACACAGCUGUAUCAGGCCAUGCAUAGGAUUUAUGAUGCACAGAAUGAGCUCAGUGCUGCGACACACCUGACCUCCAGACUGCUGAAAGAGUAUGACAAACAGCGUUUUCCUCUAGGGGGUGAUGAUGAGGUGAUGAGCUCCACCCUGCAGCAGUUUGCAAAAGUCAUUGAUGAGUUGAGUUCCUGCCAUGCCGUCUUGUCCACCCAACUUGCGGAUGCCAUGAUGUUUCCCAUCACUCAGUUUAAAGAAAGAGACCUGAAGGAGAUCCUUACUCUGAAAGAAGUCUUCCAGAUAGCCAGUGAUGAUCAUGACACAGCCAUUAAUCGAUACAGUCGCCUGUCAAAGAAGAGGGACAAUGACAAGGUGCGGGCAGAGGCUGUGGAGGACGUCUACACCUCCCGCAAGAAACAGCACCAGACCAUGAUGCACUACUUCUGCUCACUGAACACACUACAGUACAAGAAGAAAACAGCUCUGCUGGAGCCACUACUGGGAUACAUGCAGGCCCAGAUCAGCUUCUUUAAGCUAGGAUCAGAGAAUCUUACUCAGCAGUGGGAGGACUUCCUGGGAACCAUAGGAACCAGCGUCCAGAAUGUGUUCCGUCGGGAGAUGGAGGAGGAGGUGGGGCAGAUGCAGCAGACCAUCCAGCAGAUGGAGAGAUCAUGUGACUCGCUGUACGCACCGUGUGACCCUGACCCCGCCCACUCACCUGUCUGUCGUAACCUGACCAGGAAACAGGGCUACCUGUACAUCCGCAAUAAGACAGGUCUGGUGUCCUCAUCCUGGGAGCGUCAGUACUUCUUCACGCAGGGUGGCAACCUGAUGCAUCAGGGCCGCGGCGAGGUGGCGGGUGGGCUGGUCAUGGACCUUGACAACUGCUCCGUCAUGGCAGUCGACAGCGACGACCGACGCUUCUGCUUCCAGGCCACGUCCUUCGAUGGCAAGAGAGUGGUGACGCUGCAGGCGGAGAGCAGGAAGGACUGCGAGGAGUGGAUCUCCACCAUAAACAACAUCUCCAAGAGGAUUUACCUGAGUGAGAACGCAGAGGAGCUGGCAGCCAGAGUGAACCAAUCGGCUAUUGAAGCUGUGACGCCAUCACCGUCCUUCCAGCAGAGACACGAGAGCAUGAGACCCAGCAGUAAAGGGCGUUCGGGCCGAGCGAGCAGUAUCAGCUCUGUGGGGUCCGAGCCAUCACCCGCUCUUUCCGUGCUCUCCUUGGACGCACUCGUUGCACCAGAUACACCCAUCCAGUUUGACAUCAUUUCCCCUGUCAGCGAGGAAAACUCUGGACAGAGCAAGACAGCACAGUCUGGCAGAAGGAGUAAUCCAUUUGGGGAGUCAGGAGACAACACAUCAGAAGACAGUGAAGACUCGAUCCUCCACCAGCUCUUCAUUGUCCGCUUCCUGGGCUCCAUGGAGGUGAGGACUGCUGAGUCAGCAGAUGUCAUCUCUGAGACCAUGAGACAGAUCCUGGCCGCCAGAGCCAUCCACAACAUCUUCAGGAUGACCGAGUCACACCUGCUGGUCACCUGCGACUGCCUAAAGCUUAUCGAUCCUCAGACACAAGUCACUCGACUCAGGUUCCCUCUGUCCAGCGUCGUUCAGUGUUCAUCCCAUCAGGACAACAAAAGGCUGUUUGGUUUCGUUUUGCAGUCGGCGAGCGGGCGGGGCGACAGCCGAGCCGUCUGCUACAUUUUUGAGUCCAACAACGAUGGAGAGAAGAUCUGUGACAGUAUUGGUCUGGCCAAGCAGAUAGCCUUCCACUCUGAGAUGGACCGUAAGGCGGUGGAGAAGAGGAAGGAGCAGGACAAGGCCAAAGAGAAACAGCAGGAGGAACUCAGCAAACAGAGACAGAUCGAGAAGGAUCUGGAGGAGCAGAGCCGUUUGAUCGCCGCCUCGAGUCGUCCUGCCAACCCGCCCGCCCCCGACGGACAGUUCUUAGUGCUAAGCAACAGCCAAUCAGAAGACAGCGAUGCUGGGGAUGAGGGGAAGAAGAGGGGCGAGUCUGAAGCCUAACGACACACAGAGGAUGCAUGUUACCCUCCCAGGCGAGUCCCAGCUGGUACUGUCAAGGCAACAGCUCAGGAAUCAGAGGAGGAUGGGACACCACCUGCCCACCCCGGGAUGCCUGGGACUGAAAAACAUGCGCUCCUUCUCUGCUGGACUCUGUUUGAAGUUUGUAGUGGAGCCUGUCACUCUGAAAACGGAGGAUAACCUAGACGCACCCUCACUAUAAGAGGAGGAGGAGCAUGAGGGGCGUAGGCGAGGAAACGUCUCGUCACUGACUCGUGUUUUAUUCUGUGUGUAAAAACGCUGCUUUUUAUACCGGCUCCACUAUCGAGAAAAGGACAAAAAAAUAGAGAUUAACCUGUAAGUUUCUGUUUUAUAUGUUUAUUUUAUAUAAAAAAGAGCUAAGAAUAAUGACAGAAGAUAUAAAGCAGAACAACAUGAGGAAUAAUGAACCAGGAUCUGAGAGAGAUGCCUGAGAAAAUUGGACAGUGUCUUGUUCACAGGCACUUUGGAGAUGGGAGAUGCCAGAGGGCAACAGGAAACACUAGUGUUGUUGGUAAAACGUGUGUCAUACGAUGAUUGAGAGCAGGGAGUCUUAUUUUCAAGAGUCCUUCCUGUUGUGAUGUGUUCAGCAGCUGAUCUUUUUUCUCUCUCAAAAUGAUCUCCUCUUCCUUCCAGACAGUCGCUGCUUUUCAGUCAUUUCACCACAGGAUAAAAAAUAACUGACCUGAAACUUGCUAAGUCAUCAUCACAGUAGAGCUUAAAUGAUUAGUUGAUUAACCCAUUAGUCAAUUGACAGAAAAUUUAACUCAACUAUUUUAAUCAUAAUAAUAGUAAUUAGUCAUUUUUCAAACAAAAAUACCAAAGAUUUAAUGGUUUCAAUUCAUUCAUGAGAAUUACUUGAUUUUCUGUAUCUUACAUUGUAGUAAAUUGAAUAUUUUGGGGUUUUGGACUUCAAGUUCAGACAAACGUUUAUUGUGGAUUAUCAAACUAAAGCAAGUCUUAAGUCCCUGUGAGCUGAUUUUCAUAGUUUACUGAGAUGAACUGAAAACAGCGGCAGCAUGGAAGGUGAAGAGAAACAGACUGAUACGUUUAAAACAGCAUAGAUUUGGUCAGAAGUCUCUAGAACGUCUAGAUUAAAAUUGGGCUAAAUUUGGUUGAAAAGAUACAGACAUCACUGCUAUCAAGGAUAAUAAUGGUAAAACAGUUACAAAUCCCUGGUGCAAAAAUGAUUCACAUGCCUGCUUUGUGAACUGACACCUCUGUGGUGAAGGUUUGGUUAAAUUUAGGCACAAAAAUUUGGUUAAAUGUAAUUUUUCAACCAAAUGUAGCCCAGUUGUUACCAGAAGUUAAGACUUCUGAACCAUCAUCACUAAAUCAUAGCUAACAUUAGCAUUAACAGCUGUUUACUUACUAGUCUAGAAGAAACGUUAGUUCAGCCUCAAUCUUCAGUCCUUUACUCACCAAGAGCUGUCUCCAUCUGUGGAAAGCAAUGGCAAUGUUAACUCUUGUUUUGCUUCUAUUUCUAUCACUUCUUCUUAUUUACUGCAGUUAGCAUGCUAACAAGCUAGUUCUGACUCGUCUCAUAAUACCACUUUUGGCAUGGAGAAUCUUAGUAGUGUCCAGUCUGCUCAGAGGAAAUAUUCUAACCUCGUCUUGUAAAUGCAACAAUGUCUGAAGCUCUUGGUAAGUAAACAGCUGUUAGCAAAAACUUACAUAUAGCGCCUUUUAAAGAUCAAACAAACAAGUUCUUUAUAUUGUCCAUCAGCUGGACUCACUAUCAGCAACAUGUCCAUCCUUCAUCAGGUUAAAUUCAUGUUACCUGGUCAAGAUACCUGAGUGGAUUUUACUGAUAACUGAUAAAAAUUUGGUUCUUUCACAGUCAAGAGUUAGAGAUCAGCCUUAUCUGUCAGUUGGACCUUCUGGAGAACUUUGUACUGAUUGUUAGUGACCACUGAAAUUUCAGCAUCAAAUUCUUUGUCAUAAAGUUAUGAAUGAAACACUUAGUUCACUGGGGUCAAAGGUCAGCUCUAAUUUAGCUACAGUGAAACUAAUCCGGCCCCGAACCUCCCUUAAAGAAAUGUAUGAAACAAAUGCCUUCAACGACUUCAGUGCCAAUAUUAACUUCUUUAUAUUCCACACUUCUUUUGCUGUAUUUCUAUAUCUGUUGAAGUAUUUGUGGAAAAUAUAUCAUUAGCCAUUCUCGGUCCAGCAUCCCAGCUUUUCAUGCAGUUUGUAUGCAGUGUGUAUUAGCAUGUUGUCAUGAUUGGAGCCAAACAGACCCAGAUGGCGUGAAACUACAAAAAGAAAAUCAAGGUUUUAAAUUGAUGUUGUUUGAAGCGUUUCUCUCCAAAAUAGAACGUCUGCGACUUCUGCCUCUGCCUCUUACAAAAAUUAAUAAUUGCAUGAAAGUAAAUGUUCAUUAAUGAGAAACUACUACUGUACACUAUUGACCAGUUAGGUCAUAGGCCACUAAAGUGAGCCAAAGAUGCUUCGCUCUCCUAUUUUUGUCUGUUUGGAUCUGAUGCUGAAAAGUUGGAGAUCUGUCAACUCAAGCACAAAUCUGAUGAAAUAGUACCCUCACUUUUGCUGUUUUUGUUGACAGUUUAAAUAAAAGGACGCAGCGAUUUUCUCUUAUUUUUUAAAAAAAGGAAAUAAAAGUAGAAAGUUUGGAUCUCAUCUUCUGGUUUCUCUGAUAAGCUGGUACAUUUUAUUCAUCAGUAAACUGAAGAAAUUUCACAUUUUUAACAUCUUAAUGUAUAAAAACUAAGAACCAUGUGUCAUAAAAAAAAACACUGUUCUCCAUCUUCUCUGCCAAAUAAUCAGCUGAGUUAAUGUGUUUCACCUGAUGUAAUAUUUAUCUGUGCUUUCACUAUUGUUUAUCUGGGUCAUUGUUUGGGGCCUUUUUAUGCUUUUCACAGGUUUUAUUAAUUAAUCAGCCUUUAUCCAGAGUGAUUCACAGUGAUUAUCUGUAGGAAAAACAACUGAAUAAGCUUCAGUUUAAAGAUCAUAGACAUUGCAUGAACAACAGACAAACCUCUUCAGCUAGCAAUGGGGAAGUUAACAUGGCAAAGACAUUUCUAAAUCAGCCUAAAAUCAAUAGUUACUAAUGAUAAAUUUAUUUUUGCUGGUUGUGUUAUUUGGGGGAAGGUGUUGUUGUUACCAGGUGAAGGACUCGUGUUGAUGGAGCUGCACUUUAACGACAGACAAAACACGACAGGAUCAAUGAGUUUGAAUUGUAAAUAUGUUUCAGUGAUUGAUGUCCCAGUGUCAUGAUUAAUAAAAAGGCUUUUCAGCGAUAAAUAAAGCACUAACUCCA